GAACCAGCUGAUAGCAAAGUAGACUUUGCCCUGAGGGGAACCAACAUUACAGGAAGAGCAGCCGAGCGCACUCCCGGUUGUCACCGCAGAGUUUUGUAAGAUUUGCUGUCCUUUGGGCAAAUGGACCAGACUUCUGAGGGUAGCAAUGGUGGAUACAGACCUCGCCCCCCUCCGUAUGACCCUCGGGACUAUGGACAGAGUUCUUACACAGGGAUGAGCUAUCAAGUAGGGAAUGGCAGCGUUGCAGUGGUCUCCCCUCCUGGCACUUAUGAAAACAUGGCCCAUCCUGCGGUCCCAGGGGCAGCUGGAGAUGACCAGCAGGGUGAUCAUUCUCCACCCGUGUACUCUCCUGGCUUAGAGGAUAGUGCCUUCAGCGAUGCUGUCAUAAGAAGAGGUUUUGUAAGGAAAGUCUACUUGACCUUGAUGAUUCAGCUGCUGAUCACUGUCGGGAUCAUCUGCGCUUUUCUUUACUGGGACACACUCAAGGAAUGGACCCGGAACAACUUCUGGUUCACCUACAGCAUGAUGGUGGUGGUGCUGGUCUUCAUUCUGGCCUUGUCCUGCUGCGACAGUCUCCGUCGUCAAGUCCCUCUCAAUUUUAUUGCCCUGGGCCUGUUUACAGUUGCAGAGGGCCUGAUGCUUGCAUCUGUGGCAGUGUACUUUGAAGCUGAAGCAGUCAUGUGGGCUGUUGGGGCAACAGCGCUUGUGUCCUUCUCCCUGAGCCUGUUCGCUAUGCAGUCAAAGUGGGACUUCACCACAGCUAGUGGGUGCCUGUGGGUUUUUACCUGGACCCUCCUCUCAUUUGCCCUCCUGUGUGCAAUCCUCCGAUCACAGUUUGUUUACAUCGUAUAUGCCUGCCUGGGAACCUUGCUGUUCUCUUUAUACAUGGUGUUUGACACACAGCUGAUCCUGGGUGGAAAACACAGGAAGUAUCAAGUCUCUCCCGAAGAGUACGUGUUUGCUGCACUCAACCUGUAUUUGGACAUCGUCUCCCUGUUCCUCAUCUUGCUGCAGUUCAUCGGCCUCUGCCGCUGACACUGGAACUCUUGCACAUCUUACACCACAAUCAAAUUGCUGAGUUCAGUAAACACAGACAGCCAGUUUCCCAGACAUGACUUAAGCCAAGGUUAGACUAAAAGCAAAAACACUGAAGAUCUCCACUGAAAAACAGCUUUAAUCCUAGACCAGGCUUUAGCCAUGUCUGGGAAACUGAGCCUUAGAUUCAUAUUAAAUAACUCAAGCAUCUGUUAUUACAUUUAAGUAAGCAUUGAUGUCUGGGUUGCGUUGAAAUGCAGCUCGUAUGACUGUCAUGUGUUAAGCGCUGCAGUCUGCUUUAUAGAUGUUUGUUUUGCUUUUAUGAGGUAUUCAGAUUUACAUACUGCACUGAUGCAGAUUUUACUUAGAACUCUAUUUACUGAAUAUGUUUCUGUUAAUGAGGUGGAACUUUAACUCACAAUCUAAUCGCAUAACUACUUACUGAAGCAAAGAUUAAAGUGUCUAAUUUUGAAUAAAAAAACCUCAAACGGAUUCCAGUAAAAGAAUGUCAGCCUUAUAAAAUAAAACCAGAUGGUAUCUGUGAUUUUUCUUCCCUCAAUGACUUGUAUAAAUGACACAACCACAAAGUAAAACUCAACACAGUUUAUUGGCAUCA